AUGUCUUCUCCCAUAACCUGCCACGUCCUCAACACCCUCUCCGGCACACCGGCGGCCGGUCUCAAAGCCACACUGACCUUGUUAUCAACAACCUCCUCAUCACCUACACGGUUCCACGCCCUUACCAAUGGCGAUGGCCGUGUGACGCAGUGGGAGCCGAACUCGUCUACGGCACCCACACUGGCGCAGGUCAUGCAGGGGUUCUCGGAUGGUGAACGCAUACCGUGGAGCAUCACGUUCGACGUUGGCCCGUGGUAUGAAGACGACGGUGUGGAAAGCUUCUGGCCAGAGGUCGAGGUCAAAUUCUACGUCAAGAAAGGCGAACGACACUACCAUGUGCCCGUCUUGGUUGGCCCAUGGACAUACACAACAUAUCGUGGAUCUUGA